ACACACACACACACACACACACACACACACACACACCUUUCCUGGCAAGCUCCUCCUCCUUUACCGCUUCCGCCUUUCAUUUGUAAGUAGCUCCCUCCAGAGGGCCAGACAUUUGCAUCACCCCCACCUGAACCCUACCUUGUCUCCGAAGGUGGGGUCUUAACCCUAGCACUGGACAUCUGGAGCCUGGUCCCUGUUUGUCGUGGGGCCGUCCUGGAGGGAGGGGGGCUGUAGCACCCCCCCUUCCAGUUGUGACAACCAAAACUGUCUCCAGACAUGGCCACAUGUCCCCCUGGGAAGCAAAACCACACCCCACUGAGAACAGCUGCCCUGCCGGGUCUCAUUAAAGGCGUAUGAGACAGAUCGGGAGCCGGAGAACAGACCCUCGUGGGCAGAUGUCAGGAAAGUGAUCUGGAGGGUCACGUCCCCCGGCCUGUCCUGCACUCAGAGCCCCAUGUGCCUUGUCUCCAGGGCCUCACUGUGCUCGGAACGCUCCGGGCAGCGCUGUGCAUCUUCCUGCCCUGUGGGCUUGCCGUGAAACGGCCGUAGCACCUGUGGCUCCUCGGCCCUGGUGCCCUGGAACCUCCACUCUUGGUUCACACCACCUUCUCUCCGAAGCCGUGUCUGCAAAGGCCCCCGACAUGAAAGGAAACGCGGAGAGAGCCCCUUGGCGGAGCCCCAGUCCCGACAACGAAGCCUUGCUUUUGAGGCAGAAGCACCAAUUGCUACACGUCCGAGAGAAAGGAGACCUGCCCCCGCAGAGGAGACAGGACCUCUAGCUGGAAGAGCUGCCCCAGCGCUUGGCCGAGGAGCUGCAGGCAGAGCAGCAGGAGGCCCCAGGCCAGCAGGUCCGAGGCCUGGAGAGGCUGUACUUAGCACAUCUGUUGGAGGGGGCGGUGGCGGGCAGACUGGCCGAGGACCAUGAACCUGACUCAGAGGGCUCGACCCAGCCAGGAGCAGCCAGGUCGCCCAGGGCCGAGAGGAAGCACACAGUGGCCGUGCGGCAAGAGAAGGGACACAGGGAAGAGCUGGUCUGACGGCAGCCCUGGUGCACCACGUCCCGGAGAAGAGCGGUGGACCAGGAGAGGCAGGGAGCCUCCAGAGCCACGGGCCUGAGUCCUCGUCCCCUGAGCCCACCAGAGAGGAGUAAAGGAAAACACGUGCCUUCAAUGAAGACCGGUGGGGGCCACCGUCCCAUUGACCCUGGGCUGAGCAGAGGGACAGACUUGGUCCCUGCUGCUGUAGGGGAGAUCAAAUGCCUGGAGGAACGGGAGACCGAAACAGCCCAGGACGGCAGGAGGCAGCUGGGGAAGCGAACGGCUUGUCUUCAAGGCCCGAAAAACCACUGUUUGGAUCAGAGCCCCGAGGGCAAAGCCGACGACCUGGAACAGCUGUGGCCAGUCGGCUCGACCUGCAGAAGGGGGGCCUCACCGCGGGCAAAGCUCUGUGACGAGAGCAGGUGGUAGGGAGAGCUGGAGUUUGCCUCUGAAGAGUUGUUGUUUGAUACCAACCGGAAGCUGAGAAAACACCUGAACUUGCACCUGGAUCUCAAGCCCGGGAUGGAUCAGAGCCCCAGUGAAGAACAGGGCUUUGAGGAGACGCAGGCGUGGAGAAGGGAGAGCCAGAGAAAGAGGAACGCAAGAGAUGCAGAGAUGGACAUGGCCCGCGGGGAGCCCGCGAGUCCAGCGGGGGUGGACGCCCACCUGACGCCGUCCAGAACCAGCUUGAAAAAGUUACUAAGCAAGCCCAGGAACCAAAAAUCCCAUAGGAUGGCCAAGUGCGUGCUUGAGAAUGCCAGUAAACCGUGGUCUCCCGAGGCAGGGACAUCUGUCGAUGAAGAGAACCUGCUCUCGUGCAGCCCCGAAUCCAGCCAGGAGCCUCCCCGACCGGACGCCCUGGUGCAGGGCUCCCUUCAGCUUCACCCGCAAGAACAGGCAGACAGAGGUGGCUUGACGGCAUCAAGGCAGAAGCAGAAAAUGCAGGUGGAGCAGAGAACACCAAAGCAGCUGGACUCGCUCGAGCAAAUCAGACACCCCAAGAUGAGCUUGGAGGCCGACCUCCAGACGGAGCUGGAAGAUGGGAGGAGGGAACAGGGGCAAGCUUCUCUGGCUCAUCGGAAGCCUGACUCCCCUCCAGACCAGGAGAAGAAAGGAGGGUAUGACCGCAGCCCCACUUCCCCCUCGGCCAGCAUUGUCCACGAUGACAGGCACAGUCAGAUGAUCCGUGACCUUCAACAGCAAAUUCUAGAGCAAAACAAGUUGCACAAGCGGUUUCUUGAAGAAGCCAGGAAAUGCUUGUGAGAGUUUCAGGGAAUAUGUUAAAAGCGAGAGUCCUGCCCCUGGUAAAUACAUCACUGAUAACUGAGCUGGCACCCAAGUCUGUGCGAUUGUAUUUGCACCAUCUGCUCAGAAACCUGUAGCCUCUUUAAAAUGGGCCAACAGACAUCCUUCCAUCCUUUGGAGCGAAUUCCUCUGCAGGAAUCAUACUUAUUGCCAGUCUCGCCUUUAAAACUAAGUCCAAUUCAGGAAGACUCCUUAGCAUGAACAUGUGGGGCGCGGUAGGAGGGUCUGGCCAUUGUAGCACAAAGGUGUGUCCCGGAGCUGAGGCUGUUUUCACGUGCCACAGCACAGAUGGAAACACCAGGUACAUUUAAGUGCUUCAGAUGUUUUGGCGAAAUGAACACUGGACUUUGAGGGGCAUGCAAGGUCAGACGGGCGCAGUUUCAAAAGAUACAUCAUUUGUUGCUUAGCCAGUGGCUGAGACGUUAAUGGAGAGAUUUAACAAAAAUCUUUUAGUCUUUCAAACCAACAUCAUUUAAUAGGACAUCAGUAACAUUCUUAUAACUUUAAUAUUAGAAAGCAGGA